AAGAAAAAUGUCAAGCCCAGAAGGUUUUGCAGCUGUGUUUUACAGUGAGCCCUCAGUCUUGGGCUUCCUAGCCAAUGUCAUCAGCGCCUUGCUCGUGUGCUUGCAGAACUUCUUCUGGGCUCACACAAGCAUCCGACCACAGGGGAUCGAAAAUAUCCUCGCAGGGGUCCACCUUAUUCUGAUCGGAGGGUUCUCCCAGCUGUUGGCGGGAUUCCUCUCGUUCCGGAAAUACGACCACCUGGGCGGGACGGCAUUUCUGGCUUUCGCUGGUCUGUGGAGCAGCUACGGGGCCACUCGAAUCAUUUCGGGGGCCUACUCCCCCCAGACCAACCUGAACGUGAGCGAUGCCGCUCUUCAUCGUUCAAUGUCCACCGCCAUUCCGACCAUCAGGGAGGGCACGCUCCCGGGGAUGGUGGCUUAUAUUUUCAUCUCGUUUAUUCUGGCCUUCUGCUCGGCCACCGUGAACUACGUCAUGCCCUUCAUCUUUGGGGCCAUAACCCUCACCCUUGUGUUUGAGACGGUGGGCCUGUUUGGGGUCUGGGCCCUGGUGGUGUCCGGGGUCCUGGAGUUGGUCAUCGUCGUCUGUGGGCUCUACGGCGCUAUCGCGCUCCUGUUCAAGGGCAUUACCCAGAGGUUCGUGCUCCCCGGGUUCGGAAACCCUCUUUUCAACAUCUUGCUGUUGGGGUCCGCCAACCGCACCUCCUCCAAGAACAUCGGCGAAGAGAAGAAGAAGAACACAAAGUACGCUGAGCCCAUGGCCCUGAGCAACUUGUGUGACACCGUCUCCCCUUUCGUAUUUGCCUUCUUCUGCUUCGGUUAUUCGGACACCUUCUACCUCGGGGCGGUGUGGAUCACCAUCAACUCCUUCGGUCAGCUCCUCUCCAGCUAUUACGGCUACUUGCGAGACGAUGCCUAUUACACGACCAAGUUCGGAGUCCAUAGCCUUUAUUGGCUGGUGCAGUCGUGGGAACAGUUCACCCUAACGGUUUUCAUCAGGUCCCAGGAUGUGCAGGGGAGCAGGGAGGGAAUGUUUGGGGAUUGGUUUUUCUUGAUCGUCGCCUGCAUCCUCUCCGUGGCGUCUUUCAAUAAGGAUGUUUUAGAGGUCAUCCAAAAUGGCCUCUUUGUGCUCCUAACUAUAUCCACCCUCCAUCAGAUACCAAUCAAGGGAGGGUAUGUAUUCUUUGGAGUCGCCUGCUGCCUUUUCUUAGCCACUUCCCUGUAUGCCACUUUUGCUCGCCUCAUUAACUCCAUUGGCGAAAAGGCCCUGGUCCCCGUCGGUCCCCAGCUGGUAUCGACUGUGACCCUUGAGAAAUUCCUAGGCUUUCUCAAAAGCCGCCUCACUGGAGCUCAAGAGUUCUCAGAUACCACCAGCUGUCAGGUUUCUGAGGCCUUGUUCUAUGUCUGCAAUGGUUUGGCUGCCCUCUCCGCCAUCCAGGGCUCUCUGAACGAUCCCAUCCGGCACCACCUAGGUAUCCCCGCCGUGCUGAUUCCUGGAGCCAUAAUGCAGCUGUAUGUGGCCAGGAUUCAAGUCCAGAAAGGAAGAAGGUUUGGGGCGGUCCUGCCAUUCUGCUAUGCGGCCAUCUGGGCGACCUGGACCUGGCUUCGAUUUGCGGGUCAUCUGCUGAACAUCAGUCCUAAGAGUGAUGGAGGAUUCACGGCAGGGGCUGUUGCCUUUCUAGUGGUCAACGUCUUUUUGAUCCUUUUGGCUUCCCAAUCAAACUUAGUGUUACUCUUUCUGACUUUAAACAUGGAGAUCUUGAUUGUCUGUUUCCUUCUUUUCACCCUGGAAAGAUUACCUCUGCCCCUUGAGAUUGUGAUGUUAGCUCUUUUCUGCGCUAUCUGCGUCUACGGGACUUUGGCCUCUCUUGUCAACUGCGCAUUUGACAGAGAUCUUCUUCUGAUGGGCCCCUCUCUCUUCCUGGGGGAGAAGCAGAAAGAGGAAACCAGAUUAUCUCCACCAUGCCUGUGUCCUCUCUCGCACCGUACCAGCAGUCUGAGGAUCAUCGCAAAGCUCUUGGAUGACGGAGGGGUGUGUGGAGUACCCACCGACACUGUAUAUGCUCUGGCAGCCUCAUGUAAACACUCAGAAGCCAUUGAGAAGAUCUACAAAAUCAAGGACAGACCUCAAGACAAGCCUAUCUGCAUCUUCAUCUCAAAUUUAGACCAGUUGCGAGCUGCCAAUCCUCCCUUCACCCCCUUGCUCUGGGACUUCAUGGCCAGGGUUUAUCCCGGAAGCAUUGGCUGCAUCGUUAAGAAGGGAGAAUGGGUGAAGAAGUUGGGUGUCGGAGCUGGUUUCGAUCGAGUGGGCACCAAAGACAGCAUCAUGAUUCGAGUGCCUGACCAGACAGUCAUGGUCCACCUCGUCGAAAUGACCGGCCCCCUGGCCAUCACCUCGGCCAACCCCAGUGGGGAGAGCGACAGCACCCACCACGAAAUGGUCAUCUCUCGCCUUGGACACAAGCUCGAGGGCGUUCUUUGCGACGGAGAGUCCGAUGAAGUACUGGCAUCCACUGUGGUCAAUUGCCUGAGAAUAGAAGAAGGCACCAUCACCAUCCUGCGGGAAGGCUGUGUGUCAGCGGCCAAGGUGAUGCAGAUAUUUGAACAAGCAAAAAGCCGAGCAGUGUGAAUCCAAGGGGCAAAAUAACCAAUGCUCUUCAGUCCACCUAAUACCGGAAACCAAAAUCUUGUCUGAAACAUCGCUAUCCAUUUUUGGUACCUUCUCCAGGCCUCAGAUAUAUAGUAUUUUGCUGUUCCUUCUUCUGCACUCUGAAACAUGUCACAGAUCCUAGAAUGGCUUUGGAUCACUCUCUUUGUAGCUUCUAAAGUCAUUCUUGAGGCAACUAAAGACAAUGAUCUGAUGGGAGUUUGAUUCUAAAGUUUUGCCACCAACUUCUCCUUACCCACAGUAUUGGAAAGUUUCAGAAGCAGGACAGUAGAGUGAAACAAAACCAGAGUUGUCUGAUUGUAAAUUAAUACAUUUCUAUCAGUUCUAAGAAUCAAUCUUUAAGGAUAGGAUUGUCCCUGCAAAGGCUAGCUCCAAAGAGAGAAGUGAAUAUUAUUCUCACCAAGACUAAUAUGCAGUGGGUCAGGGAAAGAUAUAGAUUUCCCCCACUAGACUGUAAACCCAUUGUGUGCAGGGAAUGCGUCUGUUUAUUGUUGUACUGAACUCCCCCAAGUGCUUAGUACAGUGCUUUGCACAUAGUAAGCACUCAAUAAACAUGAUUGAGUGAACGAAUGAAUUCCCCAGAUUUCACCAUAUUGGGAAGAGUUGCAGUUGUAGAGGCGAGAAAUACCCACCGCUAUGAAGAUAUAUCGUCUUUGUCUUGGCCACACAGAUCACCACACUGAUCCUCUGUAACUUCCGUGAGAAUUCUGCUAUUUCUUCCUGUCGGGCUGGGCUUCAGGAAUAAUAUCUUUCUAAUCCGAAGCAGCACCUGGGUUUGUGGAUCCAAACCGGGACCUCAUCUGGCCUUCUUAAAUCCUAAAUUGGAGUUUUUCAUUCUGUGGCUCACUGAGGCUUUGGCGAGAAAAAGCCACAAACCCACUUGGAUUUUUCUACUUUCUGCUUGCUUUCCUCACCACUAUAAGAGCUUACUUUGGCAGGAUCUCAUCUAAUGCCUCUUUAGAAUUCCCGCCACUUCUUUGUUCAUUGUGCUGUACCUAGUAUACAGUCAAUAAAAACAGGAUGAUGACAAAA